CUACCAUCAUCACCACCACCGCCACCACCACCACCAACAACAAGAACAACAGCAGCAGCAGCCAUCACACCUGAGGGGGGCUUGGGAAUCGAACCGCGAAUUGCACUCCAGAGAUCUUGAAAUUGGUUUCAGAAGGGAAAUAUUUCAAACAAAAUCUUUUUUUUAACUAAAGCGUUGUUUUUUUUUGCUUCUUCUUUUCUGUGGUAACAUUUUUUUUUAUGUAUAAAGGUAUUUAUUGUGAUCAUAAAUAGUGGAAAUUUCGUUCAAGUGAGAUGGAGUAGUUGCUCCAGCAUAGUGCGUGUCAGUGCAUAAUCAAAGUUGUAAUAUUUACUUUAAAGAAUUCAACAUUAUAUAACGCGAGGCAAAAAAUUAACGCAGUAAAGAAUUUACAAACACCUCGUAGGUUCACUAAAUAAUUUACUCGUGAGAAUUUGAGGCGAAUCGUUGGCAGUAAAUGAACACGAAACAAAACAAAACACAUUUAGCGGGUUUAUUUCGUUGUCGUGUUUCGUUUCAGUGAAGUGCAUUCAAAAUAUUAUUUUGGUGGGAAUUUUUUUUUGACAACAACAACAACAACAACAAAAACAAAAUGACGGCGUCCUGGCAUGGGGCGGUGUUCGCGGCUCGCAGGCGCAACGAUGACGAAGACACAACGAAGGAUAGCAUCUUUAGAUACACGAACGAGAACAACACGAGAGAUCCCUUCGAAGGCCCCAACUAUCAUAUCGCCCCUCGCUGGAUGUUCAACCUCACGUCCGCGUGGAUGGUCAUCGUCGUCGUCCUCUCGCUGUUCACCAACGGCCUGGUGCUCGUGGCCACCAUGAAGUUCAAGAAGCUGCGGCAUCCGCUCAACUGGAUCCUCGUCAACCUGGCCAUUGCCGACAUCCUAGAGACCAUCUUCGCCUCCACCAUCAGCGUGUGCAACCAGGUCUUCGGAUACUUCAUCCUGGGUCACCCGAUGUGCGUCUUCGAGGGCUACGUUGUGUCCACUUGCGGCAUUGCCGGUCUGUGGUCGCUAGCCAUCAUCUCGUGGGAGCGCUGGAUGGUCGUCUGCAAACCCUUCGGCAACAUCAAGUUCGACGGCAAAAUUGCCAUAAUCCUCAUCGUCUUCUCGUGGGUCUGGCCCGCGUGUUGGUGUUCGCUUCCCAUAUUCGGCUGGAGCAGGUACUGGCCGCACGGGCUGAAGACGUCGUGCGGGCCGGACGUGUUCAGCGGCAGCUCGGACCCCGGCGUGCAGUCCUACAUGGUGGUGCUCAUGGUCACCUGCUGCUUCCUCCCCCUCUCCGUCAUCAUCCUCUGCUACUUACAAGUCUGGCUCGCCAUACACUCUGUGGCGCAGCAGCAGAAGGAGUCGGAGACGACACAGAAGGCGGAGCGCGACGUCUCGCGCAUGGUGGUCGUCAUGAUCUUAGCCUACAUCUUCUGCUGGGGACCCUACACAUUCUUCGCGUGCUAUGCGGCCGCGAACCCGGGCUACGCGUUCCACCCGCUCACCGCCGCCCUCCCGGCGUACUUCGCCAAGAGCGCCACCAUCUACAAUCCCGUCAUCUACGUGUUCAUGAACAGACAGUUCCGCAACUGCAUCAUGCAGCUGUUUGGCAAGAAGGUGGACGACGGCUCCGAGGUGUCCAGCGCGUCCCGCACCGAAGUUUCGUCCGUCUCCAACUCCUCCGUCAGCCCCGCGUGACACCGCUCACCCUCACCACGCUCACCCUCACCGCACCGAUCACCCUCACCACGCUCACCCUCACCACGCUCACCACGCUCACCCUCACCGCACCGCUCACCCUCACCGCACCGCUCACCCUCACCAC